AUGACUGAAAACGCCUCAUCCACAAAGGAGUCAAAACAAAAUGGCUCAGCUCUGCCAAUUGAAAUCAUCCUCAAGAUCGUCGACUAUCACCGCGAUCAUCGCUACAACCACACGCUGUACUCAUGCGCUCUUGUCUGUCGCGCGCUCUCCCAUCUCGUGCGCACCAUCGUCUACAAUCGGGUCUCCAUCGACUGUGCAAAUUCGACGCGGAACGCUCGACUCAAGAACAUUCUUCUAGGCGACUCCAGAUUGGGAUCAACAGUACAACAACUCACACUCGGAUCGCUAUCUGCCCCUCAGCGCAAGCUCGACGUCAACAAGCUUGCGGAAGAUCUCCCCCUGGAUCAGUUCAUCGCGUUGCGGCUGCUUGAGAUCACUUCCGUGUCCAUCCCAAGCAUCCACAGCGCUCUUGAUCUACUUGCUCACUUUCCAUCAUGCGAGACGCUCAAGCUCUCGUUCGUCGACUUCGACGAGGAAAAGGCAACAGUGGUCGAUCGAGUCACGGAAAAGAACGAUCCUUCCUCCUCAAUGGUCUCAGAAACGGCCUCAGAAGCGGUGUCCCCGCCACCCCCUCCUUCACCUCCUGCCUCGCUCCUUUUAUCUACUUCCGAUCACCUUCCCUUCUCGCCCUUCUCCACCAUGUCGGUCCUGAACGUCUGGUCUGUCACUGUGAACCCGGACAUCUUUACGCACCAUCUAGAGCAUCGCGCCGGAGACGCCGGCCUCCAUUUCCGCACGCUCAUGCUGGACAACCUGCUAUACGUAGGCCCGACGCGCUAUCUCGAGUGGACUCGGCUCCUGAGAGCCACAAGUACCACCCUCCGCAGUGUGGAGGUUAGCAUAUGGGACGGACCCGUUCCCGACACUCUUCCGCGAGCGACAGAAUUCGAGUCAGCCCUCGAGUACGAGCUCGACGCGCUCUCCGGCUGCAUUGCUCUCCGCUAUCUCACGUUCCGCUACCGCCAUGUCAACUCCAGUUCCGGGCCCGGGUGGUGGAUUCAGGUUUUAGCCUCCGAGACGCAAACGCCCCGCAACAAGGACUUUGCUACGCUCCUCACCGCGCUCUGCGUCUACUUCGAGGGCGGACACCACCCCGAGCUCGAGCGGUUGAGCCUCAGCCUACUCGAACACGAUGCCGAACCGCAGACCGUACCGGGCCCGCUUCGUACUCGGUUCGCGGACGCGCUCACACUGCGUGGCACGCGGCUCAAGAAGCUGACAGUAAUGGUGCCCAAGGUUCUCCCGCGGGACGCGACGCCGGCGGUGUCACCCGUGGAGAUGCUGCCUGCGCGGGAGAACACGCAGACGGCGUGGAUGGGCGUUUUUGAUGCGUUGUCAGAGCGGGGCGUCGAGGUGGCAGUGAUCAACUAA